GCUGGUUGCGGGUCGAUGCCAGUUUAUGGUGGUGUUUAGGUAGUCAGCUGCGUUAGUUAGCAGCGGCUUCCAAUGCUUUAACACAGCGCCGAGCGCUUCUUCUAAGUUUGGCCAAGCCCUGGUUGCACGGCGUAUGGUUAGCGGCUCGUACUCUGCCAGCUAUGCGCGUUAGAGCCGGGAGACUGUUGGGGAGUAUUAGUUAUGCCGCGCCGCUUUCGCUUUGCAGUCGGUUCUUACAUUCGCUAGGCUGUCUAAUGGUUACAGCUCCGUAGUUUAGGCUAAAAGGGAUACCCUCUAGUGUGGCAUCGCUUCCCUCGCCGUGGCCGCUGGCGCAACUCCGCCCUCGGACUUGUUCGUUUUCCCACCGCGUUCUAAAGGGUCUUGCAUCACAUCAGGCCUCCGGUAAACCAGUGUCCGUUGCGGUGCCAUCCGUCGAGCAACAGUCUCUGGGAGACCUGCUAGCAGUUGUACCAUAUCAACAACUCACUAACAAGCUUAGUCAGAAUGCCGUUCGUGCCCCAAGAGCAGGCUAAGUGCCCAAAAUGCGGCAAGUCAGUAUACGCCGCCGAGGAGAUGCUGGCCGCCGGUAACAAAUGGCACAAGUCCUGCUUUAAGUGUGGCCUGUGCAAUAAGAAGUUGGACUCGACUAAUGUUGGCGACCACGGCGGCGAGAUUUUCUGCAAGCAGUGUUAUGGCCGCAAAUACGGACCGAAGGGAUACGGAUUUGGCGGUGGCGCUGGAUGCCUCUCAAUGGACAAAGGAGAGCACCUCGGUAACAAGGAAACCGCCAUGACCAACAAGCCCCUAGACGGCACCUACAACUAAGCCGUCGGCCAUCGAGUUUAUCACCAUCUAAACUCCUAGCCAUUACGUGACGUCGUACGCAAACACAAACGCCGAUCAACGCGCAACGCUCUGCGUAUUGGUUAGCGUUUACUUAUCUUUCCAUCGGUCAGUGUUUGUUAGUGUGCCCUUUUUCGGACGGACUCUUGUUUAUCGUGAUACGAUGAUCAGCGUCCAGAUGACGACGGACGGAAGAUUAAAGUGAGAGGGCGACUUCAACAUAUAUCCGCCCUUCUCGUCACGGCGGAUGUCGUCGGCGUUCGCGGUUCAAUGGUCCUAAACGCUGAGUUGUUGUUAGACGUCGGUUGUGAUACAGCCGCGUGGUGAGUUGCAUCUCGAUCGAUCCUGUAUAUGUAUCUACAAGUUGGAUAAUAAAUGUGACCGAUUUUUCGUAUCUACAAAUCUCUCGUGU